AUGGACAAGAAAUCUACUCGGUCGGUAAAGACCUACUCUGGAUGCUGGACAUGCAGAGCUAGGAAAGUUAAAUGUGAUCUGGUGCGGCCAAGUUGUCUUCGAUGCCGAAGAUCAAAAGUUCAAUGUGGUGGUUACAAAAUCAAGCUACGUUGGUCGCCGUUACUACACUUUGAUCUGUAUGGUGUGCCUAUGCCAUCCAAUGAAUCUAUCACUACGACUGAAGGUGAUGAUGUUGAGACAUCAACAAAUCUAAGAAGGAAUGUGGAAAGAGUACGAUACGAAGAAGAAUACGAAUACCAUGAAGAUAUGGAUGAAGAACUGUCAGAACUACAUGCACCACCGGAGGAUAAAAUCGCCAAUAACAAAACAUGGAUAAUAAAAAAAUUUGGUGUCUUUAGAGCAAUUGAGAGAGAAGCAAUCAUUGCUGCAAAAAGAGGUAAAACUGAUAAGCGGCCAGUACAGAAAAAGAUUGCAAAUGAACUUAAUAGCAAUAAUAGCAAUAAUCAUAUUAAUAAUGAGCCAUUGAUGAAAAAGCCUAGACUAGCCCCAUCAGUGGCAACAUCAACAAUGACCACACCAAUUUCAUUAUCACCCACCUCACCAAUGAUGAUCCCGGAUACGUUAGGGCUAACAUUUGAUGGUAAUCCUGCAUUUAUGUCCCCUUUGCCUAUGGAGCUCUUACAACCUGAUUUUAUUCACGAUCACAGCCAUCUGGUUUCUUUAUCAACGGAAUCAUGUUCUAUAGUUCACAAUAAUGUUAGAUUUUUAUUGACACAUUACUUAGAGAAAGUUCCUGAUUUGAUGACCAUUGCACCUAUUCCCAAUAAAAAUAAAAACCCAUGGGCCAAAAUUUAUUUUCCUAGAGCUAUCGCAGCUUUAGGCGAACUUAUUGCAUUUCCAAAUUCUCAAAACUAUGCUAGAAUAUCGCUUUUAAAUGGCUGUUUGUCUGUUUCUUGUUUUAACCUAAAAGAUUUACUGAAAUAUGAUCCUGUAUCCACAGAUUUCUAUCUUAACCUGGCAGUGGAGUUGAGAACCAGAGCUUCCCAUUUCUUGAACUUAGCCCUAGAACAGGAAGAAGAAUAUGAAGAAUAUCGUGAUAUUCUUGAAGAUGACGAUAUCGCAGAGGAUUACAAUAAACAUUUCUGUGACAUGCUUAUCGCUAUUCUAACAAUGAACUCUAUUGACAUUGUUUGGGGUACAAUGGUUGACUGUGAUAACUAUUUAAGGAUCUGUGAACAACUGAUUUCCAAGAACAAGAAAAGGGUAGUUGUCUCUAAGAAGAUUAAGAGUUUAUACACAAUUUAUGCGUUUUUAAAACUGAUGCAAAAUAGUACAGCAAUGGAAACAAUAACUUCAGAACCAUCACUAGACUUUCACAACCCUGAUAUUAUUCCUUACAAAUAUCUAAGAGAAACUUACGAAAAUGAUAUUAAGACUAUAUUUACAGAUCACUACGGGUCGACUAAAAUGAAUACACUUGGUGCAGAUGCCCUAAAUGCCUUACCGAAUUCAUUGGUAUUGUUAUUCUAUGAUUGUGUCUCAUUGACUCGAUAUUAUUUUUACCACAAGAAGAAAAGUGAAGGAAUUGAGUUACCUACAGAAUUUUUCAUGAAGACAAGAGAAUUUGAGGACAAGUUAUCAAACUGGAAAAGUGAAUGGGAUUUCUUCGACAGCACCGGCAGAAAUUUCCUCAGUCCUACAAUUGAAGGUAUCUACCAUCAUACUAUGAGUUUUUACUAUGGAUUGUGCGUCUACUAUUAUAAUUUCAUAAAGAAUCAGGAUUAUGAGUCUUUGAAUGUUGAGGUUUGGAAAGUAAUUUACCAUUUGCAGCAAAUUGAAUUCUUGAAAGACAGCAGUGCGGGCAAAGAAGGUAUUAAACUGAUUCCUCUCAUUUGGCAAGGUUUUAUCGCCGGUUGUUUAUGUUCUGACCCCGAAGUUCAAAGUGAGUUCAAAACUUGGUUUGACACUGUAUCAUUAACAGGUGCCGGUUCUUAUCGUGGUGCAAUUCAAAUUAUGUUCGAAGUUUGGAGAAGAAGAGACAACAAUGAGCUUGGUGAUGAUUGGCUUUCAGUUUCACGCGAUUGGGAAAUGAAUAUCAUGUUAACGUGA